UUCUUGUGUCAUAUAUGCGACUUCAACGCGUACGAUCGUGUAAAUGUUUGUCUAAAAAAGUUUAUAUUUUCCGAUUCGUUUUGAAAGUUAAUUAUUUGGGAUUGAAGCAAAGGAUUUAGCCAAAUGGAAGACAGAAUUGAUGAAUCAAUUAACAAUAAUAAACAAUCGCUAGAGAAAAGAACUGAAGAAGAUAAGCCUGGCAAUAAAGAGGCCAAGAAAAGUGAAAUUAGAAAUGAUAACUUAUUCAUAUUUCUAUUCGUUUGUAUAAUAGGAGUUUCAUUAGGUAUAUUAUUAGAAAUAAUCAAUACUCAAACCAAAAGAAGUCCAUGUAAGGAUGUAAUCGAACAGCCAAAGUAUUGGGUGUAUUCCGCCAAUAGUGAUGUACAAAACAGAAAUGGAUUGUUAAAACACGUGCAUUUAGUAUUAGGAAGAUUAGGAUAUGAGAAAAGUACAAAUGAGUCAGAUUGGAGCCUUCUAUGGUCGCAUGACUACCCAUUUAGGGUUCUGUAUCCAAAUUUACACAGACUGAAACCCCAUCAAAAAGUCAACCACUUUCCUGGCACUGGAUUUAUAACAAACAAAGUUGACUUGGCAACGACCGAGUCAGCAUUUAUUCCGAGAGCUUUCAAAUUGCCAAAAAACAAAGAGGACUUUAUUAAAUAUGCAAAUGAAAACAAGAAUGCACUAUUUCUGGAGAAACACAAUAACCAUAGAGGCGUGUUUUUGAAAAACGUGACUGAAAUUGAUUUGGAGAGCGGGAAAAGUUUCGUGCAGGAGUACAUACAGACGCCGUUCUUAGUGGAUGGACAUAAGUUCGAUAUUGGUGUGUACGUCGUUCUCACGUCCGUCAAUCCGCUAAGAGUGUAUUGGUACAAAGGCGACGUGUUAUUCAGGUACUGUCCUAGCAAGUACCACCCGUUCGAUCCGAACAACCUGGAUAAAUAUGUGAUAGGUGACGACUAUCUGCCGACUUGGGAAGUGCCCUCUCUAGCACAGCCCUACACGGCUCUGGGCUUCGGAAUGAAAGACGUUUUCGACUUGUAUGCAAAGUCCAAGGGAAAAGAUACAAAGAAAAUGUGGGAUGAUGUACAAAAGUCGAUAGCUGAAGUAUUUAUCAAAAAGGAAAAGCAUAUCGUUGAAGCUCUGAAAAACUAUCCAUCAAAGGACAACUUCUUCGAGCUAAUGAGGUUCGAUUUGAUCGUGGACGAGGAUCUGAAGGUUUCACUUCUCGAAGCGAACAUGUCGCCCAACCUCAGCUCAGCCCAUUUCCCGCCAAACCAGCUUUUGUACGAACAACUCUUGUACAACCUCUAUUCUAUUACUGGCGUUGCAAGAAACAAAAAUGGAUUUAACGACCCUAAACACAGAGAUUACAUUGGGGCCCAGAACAUGGUAUCUGCUCAAAAGAAUAUAGCCGUAUGGAGCGAGGCAUGCAACAACGUAUGCCGGGAUAACUGUGACGAAUUCGUCUGUGGUUUGUGCAAGCCUUGUAUCAAGCCUGAACUAAGAGAGAGUUUACUGAGGGCCUAUGCCGAACACGUGCACCGGGGAGACUUUGGCAGAAUAUUCCCACCGGCAAUGAAUCCCAACUCACAAAUACCUGAAGAAUUCAAAAAUUUGUCCGAAACGAAUCGAUUGCAAUAUUUGUGGUAUCAAGACAAAUGCAACAGUGAUGAACAUUGGUGUUCGUAGUUGUGAUUGGUGGAUUUUAUUUAUUUCAUAUUUUAUAGUUACUAAAAUAAACGUAGAAGCCUAUGACCUAUA